AUGGAUGACAAGUUCGUAACGGCCCACGCCGGAGCCAAGAAGGCCGAGGCGAGAGUGAAUGACAUAUUUGCUAUUAAACAAUCUCUGGGAAAGGGGCUGAGGAAAUUCCUUGCCCGGUUCAACCGAGAAGCCGUGAAUAUGUUACGACAAGGACACCUUAAAGAGUUGCAAAGCAAUAAGGGAGGAACCAAUUUUGCCAGAGGACACGAACAUCAAGGGCCACCUAGACCACCCUCACCAGCCCUUACCAUCAACAUGAUCAUUGGCAGUGACGACGACGCCUCUAUCAACAACGUGAAGUUCACCACUACCCACAAACUCAAGCGAUCUAUCACCCACGAACGGUACGACGAACUCGAAGAAAGUAUCAUCUUCGACAAGUUGGACGCCGACGGUUUAGAUUUUUCUCAUAGUGACGCCCUCGUUAUUACUCUGCGAAUUUUAGAUACUGAUGUUAAACGCAUUAUGAUAGAUGACGAGAGCAGCGCGUGCAUUAUCCAUCCCUGA